CGAAUAUUAAUUAGGUGAUGUAGUUUACAGACUACUGGGUGUAAAUUGCAAUAUCGAAUGAAAUACGGAAACGAUAGCAGGCAGGAGGGGAAUUGCAAACGGGUACAAAUAAGUUAUCACAUAACUGCCAUCAGGGUUUGUGUGAAAAAGUUCUCGUCUGAUCUGAUUUGGUAGUCUUAGAAUAUCAUGGCACAGCCUCAUCCAGACGAGAGUGAUGGAAUUUUCCUGGAAAAUGAAUUGCCGUCGUCAAAAGAUGAAGCCGACUAUUCACUGUCAGUUGUGAAUUUGACGCGGGCUGCUGACAUUCCACUGCGGUACUUCCUACCCAAGAUUUUCUCGCCCAUAGAGGCGAGCAUGAGACGGAGUUGUCAGCGAGUGUCGGAGAAGGCUCCCAAGUAUAGAUUGUUGAACACAGACUGGGGCAAUAGGUUGUCCUCCAUCAAGGAAGGGCCCGGUAUUCUGGCACUGGUAACCGUCGAGAACAAGGCAGUGGAUCAACACACUGUCAGCAAAGUGGAGAGCCACAUUAAGAAGCUAAUGAAAGGCACAUCAUGUCAGCUGCAGAGAUGGGAGGCACAGCAUAUUCUACUGCAUUUUGAAGAUUCUAAGGACUACGAGACUUUCGGCAGGUUGUUCCUGGAAGAAAAAUUGGACGACUGUGAAGGAUUCCGUGUUAAUGCCAUUGAACCAUCCAUUCUGACCAACCCACCACGAUGCUUUGUGGAGAUUGAGACCACUCAAGGCACUGAAACCAGGGACACCCUUAUGUCUUUCAUCUCCUACUUCUCCGGUGCCUUCAAGCACGUCAACAUCCUGGAAGUCGAGAGUUUAACCCCUGCCGGCAGAAGUGGAGGUGGGGAGGAGCCCCAGGACGGAGAUAUUCCCCACAUGGCCAUUACGCUGAUGUUUAGCAGCCAGGCCCAGUCACGGGCUGCUGAGGUCCUCAAGGUGCUGUCGGCUGGGGACCCAUGGCGACCCUACCGACUCCCGGAGCCAGUGGCCAAGGAACUGGAGGAUGACAAUACAACAUACUUCCGGCAUGCUACCUUGGGUCUCCCGCUCUGGGGGGUCAAGACAGGCGCCAGUGAGUCGGGCGUACGGCUGACGCUGUUCGUCAAGGAGGGCAGUGACUUUCAGCAGAUGGAAAAGUUCUAUGGCAAAGUCACAGGGGUCUCGCCCCUGCAGCAGAGCAGAGGCACGGCCGUCAAGCGCAGCACCUAUCCCCUGUCCAACCGACUGGAGUUCACCCUUGCCCUCUACCAAGGCCUGACCCCCCAUGCUCACGAGAACCACCUCUUGUACUUUCAAACGAACGAGCAGGCCAUCGGUGCGCAGAAGCUGGCCGAGGACCACUGGCAGCUGAAAGAUCCAGAAAACAACACAGUGCUGCUCUUCACGACCAUGAAAUGAAACCGAGUUGCUAGACAGCAGAUGAAAGGUUUUUAAGUAGUACUGUAGCCUAUUGAAAUAUUACACAAGUACCGAUCCUUGCUAAUCUGUGUCCUGUUGUGUGACUAUAAUUUCACCCCUGUACUGUUUGUACAUGCUGUAAUAUGGUCAGGUCUGAAUUCAGAACCUUAAUUCGGGAUUAUUAUGACUCAUAAAACUGUUGGCAUCGUUAAAUGUUUGCCAAGUUACCAGCUAAGCGGUCACAUUUCUGUGAAGAUUUCCUACUUGCGGAUGAAUCAUUUCACGUUAGUGGAAAGUGCAGAAUAUGUGAAUACAUGAGUCAUGAAGAUAUACCCAGACAUGUACCAGUACGGGUACCUAUCCGUGAUUUUGUCCGUUCACUAAUGAAGUGCACUUAAAGAAUGUGUACAGCGCACCGUCAUGGAGCAUAGUCAUUGUUCGUAAACAUGCAUCUCAAAUGAACUGUGGAUAUGUAUACAUUAAGGCAGUGGUAUAGCAAAUUGAAUAGGGGACCCUGAUGUGGUAAAUGAAAGGGAGGGGGGGACUCAUAGAACCUCGGAACAGGCAAAGAGAAUGCAGAACCACGUCCCAGUUACAUUCACUGUGGAUUGUUUGUGUGCUUUCAUUUUGCAUGUAGCUCCCCAGUGACCGUGGCCAUUGGAAAUUUGAGAAAUUUCUCUCCCAGGAAUCUGCGGUAUGAACUCUGUACUUAAUGUGGGCUUUCAUAUUGUCUUAUGCAGUAUGCAUGUUUGUUUUAGCCGGGAUUGUAAAUCUAAACUUUUUUUAAGAGAUGGAGAAGUACAUUUGUGUCUUGAAAUCUGGAAUAUUUCUUGGUUUGCAGUUUUCGUGCAAAUUACACAGAAAGGGUGACAUGGAAAAUCUUUUUUCAGUGACUGUCCUUUUUCUCUCGUAAAAGGGGAAUAAAUGAAAGAGUUGUCCAUGAAAAGUUUUUUUAACUGCUUUUUGAAAUGGUUUUUAUAGUGUAAUAAAUUCUAAGAGGAUCAACCUUUAAGAAAAGACCCGUUCGCCCAUUCCACUCCAAAAUUUGCUUACUUGUACAUGGGUAAAUACAUGUAAGUCCUUUUGCUGCAGCAGUCACGGUCAAAAAUUCCUUCCACUCGAUUUGCCCCAGUACACAGACACACAGGGGUCACCAGUGCUGCAACAGUUACAGACUGUCAAAAAUUUCUUUACUCCAUUUGCCCCAGUACACAGACACAUAGCGGUCACUAGCGCUGCAACAGUAACAGACUGUCAGAAAUUCCUUCCGCUCGAUUUGCCCCAGUACACAUUCAGACACGUAGGGGUCAUUUGAUUGAUAGGACCACUGUGUCAAAAAUGCAUUUUUGCAUAGGAGGGUUAAUGUAAAGUGUAACACACAGUCACACUGCAACUUGCCAAGCACACUGUUGAGUAGGUUACAGGUUCCAUUUGUGACCACACUGAAGAGGAGGAGGGGCCACACUGUGUGCCCAUAUUUGUUCUCGCAGGGAGUACACGAGUGAGUAAGUUUACAACUCUCUAGCAUCUUGGUGCAUGGUGACUGCAUCCUUUAUUACAUGAGUACAGUUCUGAGCAUACAAAUGACUUGAGUAAGACCCAAGAUGAGAUCAUGAGGGUUUCAGUGGUCAGACUGGGAGUGUGUACUGGUACAUGUAUGUACAAUACCCUUGCAUUGCAUGGUCAUUUCAAGAUGGCGGAAGGGUAAACCUUGACCGCUCACAAGAUGUGAUCUGAGAGUAAUGCGCAUGCGAUAUUUCCGUAUACCAGCAAGUACCAAGAGGAGAGCAUGGAAUUGCAAGGCAUAUGUGGCCCCUACCUCUCUGUUGGUCAACACUGAGGGGGCGCUUGUGCGUAGAGCAGAUACCAUUGCACCCCCCCAUUUUGAAAUUGAACUACAUGUACAUGUAUGCCUUUUUAGGGUAAUUCUGAACAGAAGAGAUGUAGAAAAAAAAUAUUUAUAGCAGUUUGUGGUUCUCAUGUCUGUUGCAUAUAAUUGGGAGAUUGUAAUUGGGGAAAGUUAUUUCAUUUUAGAGAUGAUUGAUAUAAAAGUAUGGUAGCAUUUUAGACUGUAGCAAUGGAAAUAGUGUAUUGUCUUAUAUAGAAAGAGUAACGUUAUGCUGUAGACUGUAAUAUACCAGAUUCAUAUUAAUUGUUGUCAUUCCUGGGUUGCAUUAUGGAGCAAGUUCAGUGUGCAAGGUCAAUACUAGAUGCAAAUAUUUUGGUCCAGAUGCACAGCGUUAUUGCCUUAUCAAGGCAGUUUACAAAAGGAAACCCAGAACUCAUUCAGUGUGAGGUUGCGCUUUGUGAUAAAGCUGUUGAUGAGUUGUUGAAGUUCUGCAAAGAUCCUCACCCGCUCCAAAUCUCAGAGCCUCCCAAACUCACAGAGGAGAUGUGUUGCGUGGCGCAGCGGUAUAAUUUUAGCUCACUUUACCUGAAAAACCUUCAAAUCUUACAUGCACAUGUAUGUUACGAGAAGAAUUUAAGACGAAUGAAGUUGUUACUGAGAUUGUGAAUCAUGUCGUCGGUGAAAUUUAGAAAGGAAACAGGAGACAUUACAAUAAUUCAGAACGACAGGUCCUAACAGGUAUUGUUUGUCUCACACCGGGUGGGGUGGUCUGUCAUAAUUUUGACAUGAUAUCUGACAGUUCAAAUUUAAGGUUGACAUUGGCAAAACUUGGGUGGGGAGGAGAUUAUUAAAUUGAUUUUUAUCCAUAAAUCCUUUGAUAUUUUUGGCUUGAGAAUGAUAUGCUGGUAGUCUUUUUUUUCUUUUCUUUUUCUAUAAAUUCCAAUUUGUCACCAGACAUGUCAUGGGUCAUACAUGUAAGUCCCUCUUGUCAGUGUUUUUUUUUUCUAAUUUGCAUUUAACAGAAAGAGCAAAUUCUAUCUUUUUUUAUUUACCCGUAUGACUCCAUUUGGAAUCCCGAUGAACAUGGGCAUUCGGGUGAAAAAUGUUCCUCUUGCUUUACAUUGGCCAAGAUUCUUUAGAAAGGCCUUUAACUGUAGAUUGGCCCUGGCAACUCCCGAUUUUGUCCAAAGUUGCUGUUGAGACUGAUAGUGUGAAUGCUGACCACAGGUAUAAAGUGUACAUGUAACAAGCAAUCAAGCAAUGCUCUCGGCUCAGUCACUAGCCACAGGGGGGCAUCAAGCUCGGCUGUGAUCACUGGAAGCUAGGGGUGUGAUAUCUCUCUGAAAUCUGUAACUCUGUGGGUGAAAUAACAGUUUCGGUUUCACAUUGCAGCAUGUGAGUGGCGGACACUCCACCUCAUGACACCAGACUGUUGGAAAUCCCUAAGCAACUUGUCUGCUUAAACUGAAACAAAAAAUGUAUACAGGGCAUGCAUGACAAGUUAGCUCAAGCAUGUAUAGUUUAUGUGCGUGAUCCCUGAAAGUACAUUGUACUUUGUGUACAUUACACAAGAAUAAAUACCUGAGGUUAAUUAACCCCAACAUGCACAGUUGUAACAACAGUGUACAAACCUGCAAACCUAGCCAUACUCCUUCCUAAGGUCAGGCAUUACCACACAAUAGAUUAAAAGGUAUUUAAAUGAGCCUUUCACUUCAUUUAAUUUAAAUUUUGAUCUAUUGUGUGGUAAUGCCUGACCUCAGGAAGGAGUACUGGCAUGUUGGCUGGUCUGCAGUGUAUGCUUACAUUUUGUGAAACAAAAUUGUGCACCACAUUGUACAAGCUUCUGCUCCAAAUGUUUAACGUCUUUCUAGCGUUAACAUCAGUAAAGCAGACUUACCUGUAAAAGGAGUUUGUUUUUAAACUGAAAUUGAACUGUUUUCAAAAUAUGCUCCUCAAUGCUUGAUGCACCCUGGUGGAAAAAAAUGGCCUUCCUGAAUAGUAGAUACAAUAUCAUUUUCAUUCGUUUGUGUUUAAGUAGGAUUUUUAAAAAAUAUAUAUCAGUACUAGGAUUUUUUUCACACCUUAGCUAUUUAUUCAUGUACAUUUAAAUGUCAGUAGAUGAAGCAACCGUCAAUGGAAUAAAAAAAAAAUUGAAUUGUCUAUGCAGUUACUGUGCGUACAUGCAAGUGGAGAUUUUAUAGUGGAGAUUUUAUUUUACGACGAAAAUCCAAUCAGUCAUUGUGAUCAUGUGAUGCACCAAUAUUACCGGCACAUCCAUCUAAUUCCCAGCCAUUAAAUUGGUUUGGGCUGGUUACAGCUAAUGCAGUCCAUUCUUACAGAUACAUGUAUUAAAGUCUUUUUGCCCGGGUGCCCGCAAAUAUAUUAUGAGACAAACUGACAAAUGAAACUCAUUAAUAAUGAGUACUUGAGAUGUUAUUGGGUAUCAAGUUGAUGCUGAUGGAACGGUGACAUGUUUUUUAUUCGUCACUGCUUUGGCUGGUUCUAAUUCUGUGCAUGUAUCCCUCAGACUCAAUUUGUCCCAAACUCUUCAAAUGUCACCUGACGCUGUCUGCCAUUUAUUAAAGAAGACUUUUCAUGAGUCUAAUGUUAAAAUGUGA